UAUUACUAGAAGGUUUAUGUUACAGGGAAUCAGAUAAUUCCUUUGCUUUAAUAAUCAUUUCCAAACUGAAACCCAUUCAAAUGAAUUUCUCUAACUGUUAACACGUUUUAAAAACGCCAAAAAAAAACAUUAAAAAUUUUUUAAAAUAUUAAAAAAAAAACAAUGAAGAUGAACGAGGAGGUAAUAUACACAGACCAGCUGCUGCACCACCGGUGUGUCUCCAGUCAGAUCGAAAAGACACGCGACUCCUGGAACCGUACCGCCUCCUGGUAUCCAGAAGCGCAGAAGCAAUUCUAUGAUCGCUAUGCCGAAAUCUACACGGAGAGUCUGGAGAAGUACGGGAACGAUACCUAUGAAUACUACGCCAGGAGGAAUCGCCUGAGGGACGAGUACUUGGUCAAUACCCGGGCGGCAAGAGCACAAAACCGCCGGGAGACGGAGAUCUCAAUGGAUCAUAUCAAGCGCUGCCGGGCAUCCCCCACCACAAACGGGGAAUAUGGAAGGAUUCAGCCCAUGCGUCUUUUUUACUGUUUUCCCUAAACUGUAUUUCAUUGUGUUGCUGUUUCAAUUCAAUCAAUGGCGUUUCAGAGAAGAAAGAAAAAUGAUUUUAAUUAAAAUCUGUGAAAUCUUCAUAGUGCAAGCCUGCCCUAAAAUCAAAUAGUAUAUUUAAUAAAUUUGAAUGGGUUCAAGGAAAAGUUAA